AUGGGGACAGUACAGAUGGCCCACAGGACUGAGACCUCUCAGAAAUCCAUUCCGGCAAUCGAUAGACUUCAAGACUCGCCCGGCUCCCGAAUCGUCCCCGUUUCCAUCUCCGUCUCCGUACCGCCACCUACCAUCAGCAUGUCUCCACCUAGUCCCGUCGACCAUCCGAUGGAGGGCACAUCGCCAGAGGACAACUCGCCUACCGCCCACGGCCCCGACUCCGACCCUGGCGCCAAUGGCAAGCCGGCCGUCUCCCGACCCGGCAACACAUCGCCGCAGGAGCACACCGCCGUGACGACCUCAAUCAACAUGCCCGCGCCUCCUCCGGCCGCCGCGGCCGCUGUUCAUCAGCCCAAAAUCGUCCAGACUGCCUUCAUCCACAAGCUAUACAACAUGCUGGAGGAUACCAGUAUACAACAUCUCAUCUCGUGGUCAUCAUCCGCCGAAAGUUUCGUCAUGUCCCCCUCGGCCGACUUCUCCAAGGUACUAUCUCAAUACUUCAAGCACACCAACAUCUCGUCCUUUGUUCGGCAGCUCAACAUGUAUGGGUUUCAUAAAGAACGGGACGUAUUUCAUACCGGCAACCCCGAAACAACUCUGUGGGAGUUCAAGCACGGCAACGGCAACUUCAAGCGUGGCGACCUCGUUGGUCUUCGAGAAAUCAAGCGUCGUGCGAGCCGACACGCUCUCGUCAACCGAGAGAACACCUUUCCCAAGACCUCCACCUCUCAACCCGGCACUCCAGUCGAGCCUGUUCAGGUCCCGCCAGAUAGCAUUGACGCUCGACUGGCCAAUUUGGAGCACUCAUUAUAUGAUACGGCGGCAAGACUUCAGAGAAGCGAAGAAUCGGCCCAUUACAUGCAUGUUAAGAACCAAGCAGUCAUGGAGACACUAAGUCGACUGCUCUACUUCAACCAGGAACUGUCCAAAGGACUGCUGUCGCUUGUGCCUCCGGACAAUCCUGUUCAUCGAGAUGUCUUGUCGAUCCAGGGCGAAAUGGUCAGGCAAGCAGAAAUGCUGCGCUCACUCGACGAGCCACACGAACCCGUAUAUUCUGCCCGGCAACAGUUCUUCGGCACUGUCGACAACGCGCCCGUCUCGCCCAGACAGCUACCGCAGGAUGACACCAGACGAGUCACUCUCAACGUCCCACAGGGCCGAAACCAGCCAUCUUACCGCCCAGCCGUUCCCUCCAACCUGUCCGUCGGCACGCGACGACCCUACGGAUCCAUCAGCGGCGGUGCUGGAUCUUCACCUCUGCGCAAUGCCGCGCCGGCUCCGCCUCCGGGUCCUCACCCCCUUUCCAACGUGGAGACAGUUCCCAACAGCUUGGCUAGACGCCAUACUGCCGCCGACAUUCGCGCACACGGAUGGCAACCAAAUGCGCCUCCUUUCCCGUCAGGAACUGUGCCGCCGCCCGUGUGGCCUCAGUCUCCCAACCGACUUGCGCCAGAGGAUCUGAGGAUAAGAGACUCUCUCUCUUCAUUCUCCCUGCAAGCUCCGCCCACUCACGGCCACCCCCACUCACGGCCCGCGACGCCACCACAUGUCCCCUUUUCUAAUGGCGCGAGCGGUGGCUCGGACACGUUUGGCAGCUGGUCGUGGAACUCGGCAUCGAACCGCGAGAGCAAAACGAUUGGGGCCUUGAAGGAAUCAUCGGCGCCUCCUACCAGGAGAGGGAGCAUGGCGCAUAUUCUCAACCCUAGCGAUACUGCUGAACGAUCAGACGAAGACGAAGAUCCCCGUGGCGACGAUGACAGAAAGCGGAAACGAAGACAGUGA